AUGCAGAAGGGUGCCCUGGUAUGGGUUUUAUUUUCCAUCCCUAUUCCCUGCACCAAUACCGGCGAUGCCACCGCCAACGAAGGCACCAACCAAGACGGCAACCCCAGCAACACCCUCAGUCGAUCAACCUCCGUUCGGGGCUCUCGCCUCUUCGAGCCCGCUUUUGAGAACUUGCGUGAACCCGGCCCAGUUGCUGCCUCCGUCCUCAGUCGUACUCGUCAACAGCCCCGUUCCUUCAUGUCCCCGCGA